AUGGCUGAAUCACAUAGAUUAUACGUUAAAGGUAAACACUUAUCAUACCAAAGAAGUAAAAGUGUUAACAACCCAAACGUUUCUUUAGUUAAAAUUGAAGGUGUUGCUACUCCAGAAGACGCUAAAUUUUACCAAGGUAAAAGAGUUGCUUACGUCUACAGAGCUUCAAAAGAAAUCAGAGGUUCAAAAAUCAGAGUUAUCUGGGGUAAAAUCACCAGAACUCACGGUAACUCAGGUGUUGUUAGGGCUAACUUCAAAUCAAACUUACCAGCUAAAACUUUUGGUGCUUCAGUCCGUAUCUUUUUAUACCCAUCAAACAUCUAA